UUAUGCAAUUAUUAUGUGGGAAGUGAUGUCAAGAAAACAGCCAUUUGAAGAAGUUAUAAACCCCUUGCAGAUAAUGUAUAGUGUGUCACAAGGACAGCGACUAGACUUAAGUGAAGAAGUUUUAUCAAUGGACAUUCCUCAUCGAGUGGUCAUCACAAGAUUGAUAGAAAGUGGAUGGGCACAAAACCCAGAUGAAAGACCAUCAUUCUUAAAAUGUUUAAUAGACCUUGAGCCAGUCCUGCGAACAUUUGAUGAAAUAGCUAUGCUGGAAGCAGUACUUCUGUUAAAGAGAUCAAAGUUGUUAUAUGAAUCACAAUGUAUUUACAAGAGUGGAAAGAAAGCAGAUGUGAAGCAGAUACCUCUGAAUAUACCUCUGAAUCCCCAAGAGGAAACAUAUUCUGCCUCUGUACACUGUGAUGCACUUCCCCUUCGGAGCAUCUCUCCAGAUACAUCAACACUCAAGUCUGUUCCCAAGUGCAAUAUCCUCUCAACAGGGACCAGUGGUGUGAAAGCAGACAAGACAAUUGACUUUACUGCUAUAAAGCAGGGCAUUAAAACAUGUGCUGAGGUGCUGCAAAACUGGAGUUAUUCUGAUGGAAAUUCUGGAGAUCUACACUCUCUAAGCAGUCAGAGCACAGAUGAAAAUAUCUCUGUAAGUCAGAGUGCUAAACUUCUUGUGCAUCCAUGCAGUUAUUUUCCCUCAUCUGACAAGAAUAUUUCAGAUGCCUCAAAUUCUUCACCAUGUAUACCACGGUCAUCACCAAUACCUUCAGAUUUUGUUUUGGAAACCAUACAACAGAAUGUAGCUCAUCAAUGGAUCCAAAGUAGAAGAGAAGAAAUUGUUGAUCAGAUGACUGAAGCAUGUUUGAAUCAGUCACUGGAUGCUCUUCUGUCAAGAUUUUUACUCAUGAAAGAAGACUAUGAACUUAUAAGCACCAAACCUACAAGGACAUCAAAAGUCCGACAACUGCUUGAUACCUCAGAUAGCCAAGGAGAGGAAUUUGCCAGAAUUAUAAUACAAAAGCUGAAAGAUAACAAACAGCUAGGACUUCAACCUUAUCCAGACAUUGUUUCUAAUUCUCUAAGACUUCAUCUUUAAAUGUAUUCUUUCUGUAUGAAGCCAUGUGAAUAUUUCUUACAACACGAUUCUUGUUUCUAUAUAG